AUGGCGUCUACAUCUACCUCUCCAGCGCCCUCUACCGCCGCCGCCACCGACACAGGUGCUGGUCAUGGUCAAGCUAGGAUCAAGUUCUUCACGAACCAUGGAUGCGGCUGGUCCCACCGUGUCCACAUUGUCCUCAAAGAACUUGGACUGCAAUAUGAGGAGGUGCUUAUCAACAUGGAUGAACCGCGGCCAGAAUGGUUCCUGAAGCUCAACCCGCGUGGCCUUGUCCCCGUUCUCCAGUAUACACCUUACCCCUCGGCCCAUACACUCACACUCACCGAAUCCGCCCAAAUCGUCGCCUUCUUCACGGACAUCUACCCUUCCCAUCUUCUGCCCACGCUUCCCGCUUUGCCUUCAGGCUCUUCAACCCAAUUUGCCUCCCCCGGCAGAGUCGAUGCAGCAUACCUCCGCUACAGAAUGUCCUUCUUCGUUGACACCUACUUCACCAAGAUCAACCCUCUCAUGUUCAAGUUAGUGGGCGCGGAUAACGGAGAGCCUCAGGAUCGGAUCGUGUCCGAGAUCUGGCGCCUUCUGGAGAAAGAGAUCGAGCCAUUGCUUUUCGAGGUCAAUGGAAACGGGAAGGGUCCCUAUUUUGGCGGAAGCGAAAAGCUGACGGUCGUCGAGGCCAUGAGCAUCCCUUUUGUCCUCCGCCUGAUCGACUUCUCCAACGACGUUAUAUUUCCCGCGCGUCUCGCCGAGGAAAUUCUGAACACCGACCCCACCACGGGCAAGAUGCCGCGCUUCGCAAAAUGGGCGAAGCUGUGCAUGCAGCAUCCGAGCGUCACCGAGACGUGGGACAAGGAGUACAUGGUCCCCCGGGUUGUGGAGCGGCUGCCCGCUGCGAAGAGGAAGUAUGGGCCAGCCAGGGAGUGA